CGUACAGUUUUGGGGCAGGCGUGAGUGUUUUUUCCUCGGCUUGUUUUCACUCGGAGUAAGCGAUCAGAGUUGACAAAAUAAAUGUGCCGUGGAGUCAGGAGUCGGUGUAUCACAGUUCAGGUGGAUCUAGAUGAUGGACACGGAGAAGAGAGUCCAAGGGAGUAAUGCGGACUACACGAUCAGAUUUCACAGCUGCAUUUCACGAAUCGGUAACAUCUAAACAUUUUCUCAGACUCGCAUGACAACAGUGGCCGCUGAUUGUCCUCGCGCAGGACAGAGAGUGUCUGGUGCCGAGUUUUAUUUGCUACCUUAUGAGGAGUUCGUGUUGCUCGUACCUGUUUAUAUGAGUUUUACCUUCGCGAGACCACUUGUUGAAAUCGCACAAAACUAAAUUAAGUCUUGUGGUCAGUAAAAUUGUUUCGAAUUGACCAUAUAAUUAAGUUGGCUGUUAAUUGAUUCGAACAACAGAUUAUUGUCAUUGUAGUUCAUUGAGAAUUUAGUUGUGAUAUUUUGAUGUUGGAUUGUGUCAUAUCGCUCAUUAGCUGGUUAGCUGUCACGGCUGACUUUAACUACCUGACCAAGUAAUAACAAUAAAUUUACACACAUUUAAACAGUUAUAUCAAGACCAAAAGUCUGCUGUAAACAAUAACAAUAAAGGUAGACACUUAGAAUAGUUGUGUAGUCGUAAAAAAAAAAAAAAAAAAAAAAACCUUCUCGUCAGAAUCUAAAGUAUUUAGCUUGUUAGCUGGAGUCGUUAGCGAUCUUGAUGUUUUGCAGCUUAAAUCCAAUCGAAAUAUUUAAGCUUUUCUGUUUAGGCAUUGUACUGUAUUAAACGUAUCAUUGUCGUUCCAGUGAUAGCAAGUUUAAACAGCUGGUUUGUUAAUGUCAAACAAAUCUGUCCAGCGAAGCUAAACGCUUGAAUAUUUAGCGAUGUCGAGUUUCCUGACAAACUGUUAGCAAACAGAAAAUCGACUCGUCGCACAUAUUCAAACAUUUUUGGGUAAAAGCAGUUAUAAAAAAUUCUUUAUUUCCCCAUUUGUUGAAUUCAGUCCGUUAAGUUGUUAAUACGACUGUUUCGCCGCGUUUUCCAGCUCAUUGACGGUGGCAAAGUCCUUGUGAUUGACACCCUCAAACCCAGCCAAAGCAUCUAGACUGCGCUCUUACACGCUUUUCAGACAUGGGGAGACAAUUUAAACACAUCUGAUUGUUAUUUCGCGAAGAAUCGACACUCAUUUCCCUGCGACGCUGAUCUCCGAACUCUGCGGCCCAACCAUGUCUGGAUCCCCAGGCUCGAGUGGCUCCAACCCGCGGAAGUUCAGCGAGAAGAUCGCGCUGCACAAUCAGAAACAGGCGGAGGAGACGCGGGCCUUCGAGCAGCUCAUGACAGACCUCACCGUCUCAAGGGUGCAGUUCCAGAAGAUUCAGCAGCUUCGUCUGUCUCAGAACCGGGCACAAUACUACGGUGGCUCUCUGCCCAAUGUCAACCAGAUUGGCAAUGCCAGCACUGAUUUCCAGGGGACGUUUCCCUCCGGUCUGGACACAGUGAGAGGGACCAGACAUCAUGGUCUGGUGGAGAGAGUCCAUCGAGACCGCAAUCGGAUCAACUCUCCACAUCGCAGACCUAUUGACAAGCACGGACGGCAGGCUGAGAGUUCUCCAUAUGGAACAAUGUACCUUUCUCCUCCCCCAGACAACAGCUGGAGAAGGGAGCAACCACCGUGGACUGAAGAGAAACGACCUGGAUUUAAAUUAUUAUCACAGCUUAACAGAACAAACUCUGACUCAGCUCUGCACACCAGUGCCAUGAGUCCAAACCCACAGGAUCCUUUUGGCAUGAACCAGCAGAUGGGCAGAGGCCCUCCCCAACGGAACACAAGCAUGAAUGAAGCAGAUGGUGAGAAUACUGGAGAUGUGUUCUCAUUUCCUGCUGUCCCUAAUGAGGAGAAUCUGCUUGGUGUGAAUAAGCCACUGCCCAAACAGUUAUGGGAGGCCAAAAAGGUACAGUCUCUGACCUCCCGGCCAAAGUCCUGUGAAGUGCCUGGAAUCAAUAUAUUCCCCUCUCCAGAGCAGAAUGCGGGUCUGUCUCACUACCAGGGCACGUUAAACACUGGUGGGUCUUUGCCUGAUCUCAGUAACCUGCAUUUCCCCUCUCCACUCCCCACUCCGCUGGACCCCGAUGAGGCUGGAUUUCCCAACCUGAGCGGAGGCAGCAGCACUGGCAACCUCCCUGCAGCUAUGAUGCACCUGGGCAUUGGAAACUCACAAGGGCUGUCAUCCUCUCUAAGCAACCCUUCCAUCCAGGUGUCCCUCAACAACUCUCAGCUGCCCUCAUCUCUCAGCAAUCCAUCCAUCCACACGUCUCUGCGUCUCUCCUCACUCUCCAACCCCCCUCCGACGGGCAUGGCGAGUUCACCCAGGAGGCGGCCAGCCCCCAUUAGUCCUUUGACGCUCUCACCAGGGGGUGAUCAGCGGCGAAGCCUGAGCAAGCAGCUCUCCCCAACCAUGUCUCCCUCUCUAUCUCCGAUUACACAGGGGGUUGCCUUAGACACCAGCAACUUGCCAAUGGAGCCGCCACCACCAUACCCCCUUUACCAGCAAACCCAGCAGCCCCUGCAGCAGCAGCAACCACCUCCCCAGUCCCAUCUGUCUAUGCAGCAGAGUUCCCAGCAUCCAGUAGUGCAGCAAAGACAGCCUCAAGGCAGCCAGCAACAACAACAACAACAACAACAACAGCACCAGCCUGUGUCCCCUCUGCACAAUGUCCAACUUGACUUUAAUUCCAGUGCUCACAACAGCAUGGGAACAUUCUUUAACGAUCCCUUCAUGGAAGCACAGUUCUCUGGACGUCAGUCCAAGUGUUCGUCCUAUCAGCAGGAUCAGUAUAAUAUGUUGGAGAAUGCCAUGAGCUCAGUGGCAGGUGGAUUUGACCCUUCCUCCAACCUCUACUUCUCCCAAGCGGCCCUCAUGGGCUUGAGCGGUAGCCAUGGCAACCUGCAAGACCAUCUUCAGAUGAGGUCCAACAUGCUCUACUCUAAUUGUGGAGGAGGAGUGCCCAACAUUAUCCUUACAGAUGACUCCAAUCCCAACCUGUCUAAGGACAUCAGCAGUGUGUUAUCUGCAGUGCCAGAGUGUUUAGACUCAGACAGAGUUUUCCCACUGGAGGACGAACUUCGUAUUGAGCCACUCAGCUUGGAUGGACUGAGCAUGCUCAGUGACCCCGAUAUGGUCCUGCCUGACCCCUCAGUAGAGGACAGCUUCCGCAGCGACAGACUUUAAAAAAAACCACAUGCAUGUAGACGCACGUACAUACGAAGUCCAAGUUCAUGAAGCAUACAGCACAGAACCUAUAGCACUCACAUGUUCUAUACAAAAUGUCUUGAAAUGUAAUACGUUUUCUUAAAUGCCAAGCGCAUGCAUAAACACUACAUGUUGAUUUAAUGUGAAACAUCAAAUUUGCAUGACUCACCCAGACGGUGUCUCUCAGUGGCCGUUUUCUCCCGGCAUGUUCCAUCUGCCUCCCGAGAUACCGUUCAUCACUCAUCAGAUGUGUGAAACGAAUCUGGGUGCUUCAAACGUGCUCUGACCUGUGAAGAAAAAGAAACAAACAUGCAAGCUUGGACACAUUAACCCACGGACAUGAACCUGCUUUGUAAUCUAUUAAUUGUGCAGAGUGACAAUCAGAACACUGAAGCCAUAGCAAUGCCAAACGGAUACCACCAUUCUAAGAGUAAUGGCUGGUUUGGGCCCUUGCAUUGCUAGUCUUAUUUAAAGCCAUGUAACCAAAACAAAAUGAAUGUGCUUGUUUUACACAUUUGCUUUUGGAUGUUAUCAGAAGGUCACACCAGCUUUCAAUGACACUUUCGAAAAGGAUGGGAAGCCUCCCAGGACAAUCCUUUCUUUAGGCUGUGAGUGUGGAGACAGUGCGAAGACGACAAUAUGACGUGUUAUGGAACAGAAGGAGUUGACAGCUGGCCUAAUACCAGUCCAUAUUGAUACACCAAAUGCUGUGACAUGAGACACCAGCAGGAUGGGCUGAGCUUUGCCCUUUCCACCCUCACCGACCUCUGUUUGAGUACCAGGAUCAGAACAUGCUUGGUGUGAGCCGCUCUGCUAAAUUGCCUGGCUCACGCUACUUGAGGCAGAACAACCAUCUCUACUUACCAAUAGCCUCUGGUACUGCAGCCUGCAGUGCAUGUUGUUGUUUAUAGCAUGAGCUUAGCUAAUUGCUUAAUAAUGCUGUGUAACAGGUACACUGGCCAAUCGGUGGUCAUCUUGCUGGCCUUCAGGUGAGCCAAAGCCACUUGUGUAACCUUAAGGCUGUGAAAAAUCAGUCUGUCCCUUCAGAUACCCUGAAUGUGGCCAGUCCCCUCAUUCAAAUGAUAGAAGAAGAGAAUUCAUUGAAUUACACCUCUCCUAAGCACAGUCAUACUUACUAUAAAGAGAAGAGGCAUCUAGAUGUGUAUAGAGCAUUAUUUUGAAAAUUCUUUACUUAUUUGUUUUUGUAUAAAAAGAUGAGAUUUUUGCCACAGAUAAAAAUAUAUAUAUAUAUAUAUAUAUAUAUAUAUAUAUAUAUAUAUAUAUAUAUAUAUAUAUAUAUAUGCCUCAUAAUUUUCUGUCUGACGAGAAUGUAUUUUUGAAACAGAAAAAGGGCAAACCGUUUACAAAGAAUUACAUAUGCGAGUAGGCGCUGAAAUUUUUACGAUUUUGGAAUAAUUAUAAAAAGAAAUCCUUUUUAUCUUACUGAUAUUGGUCUAGUCCACAGUGAGGAAAAAGAAGCAUUGGCUAUGCAGAACUUUAGCACAGGACUGUCUCAGAUGACUGGAACAAUCUAGACCAUAAAAGGAACUAUUUUACUUGUAUAUUUACUAUAUCUUUGUGCUUAAUUCAGAUUUUAUACAGACUUGUAAUGCAGCUUAAAAUGUCAAUUGUAUUUGUUAAUCUGUUCAUGUUUUUUCCCUUUUGAACUUUUGUUGUGGACGUCUACUUUUGUGAAUGUUUCUUGCGAUGCUAUUUUUUUGAUGUUGUUAAGCAUGGGCCCUCUUUCUCUGCAGCUUUGAUUCUUGUCAGGAGUUUUAAAACAGUGCAGAAUUUUAAAACCAAGUCUAAUUUGUGGACAUGGAACACGUAAAAUUGUUAUUGCUCUUGUUGCGUUUUGCACUGAUCUUCUGAACAAAAUUGGUCUAGGCUUUUAAGAAGUUUUUAUUUUGGCUAAGAUGUUACUUGUUUAGAAGGCUUUUGCCUUCCUGGCACAUUUUGCAUUGUGUGCGGUGUAUUUUGUGAAUGACUGGAUUUAAAUGACCAAAUAUUUUAAGAUGAAGAAAAAUGUUUGAAUAUAGCUCAGGAAUGUAUUUUUUCCCCACCAUGUCAGAAGUGGUUCUAUGCUGAGUUUCCAGGGCUGCCUUCAGACUGCCAGAUCCAAAACGGGAAUCUUUUAUAACGGAGUUCUGAUGAUCUUAAAAGCACUCUUCUUCUGUUAACUGAGUUGUUUUCUAUUCCUAAGUUUGGGUUCUAGAUUUGGUAAUAGAAAGCAAUAGCAAUGUUAUUUGUGUGCCAUGUCCACUUUUGUUUUUUUGUUUUUUCUCUUCAUUCAUCCAGGUUAUCAUAGAAAAAGCACUUUGGCUUGGUUUAUUCAGAAUGUUUCACCCUUAAUUUUAGUGAUUUGCCAAACAAAUUAAUGAACCAGUGAAGAUGUUUUGAUAUAAAAUUCUUCCUUUUUUUAUUUUCUCAUUGUUCAGUGUGGUCCAAGGGAGGGAGGCAAGAAAAAAGGGUGAAUGACAGAAGCUGAGAUGGAGGCUAGAUUUACAAAAACCUUUACGCUUUGAUAAAUCUGGCCCCAAGUGUACAAAAGGUUAUCACAGGCAUUUUCUCCACAAGCAAAAUGAUAUGCUUGCAGCUGCAGUUUUUUUUUUUUUUUUAAGUUAUUUUUUAGUAACAUUAUUUUUAAGAUUUAUUAUCAACAUCUGUUUUAACAAGAACACGAUCUAAAGGGUUAUGAUGUAGCUGUAAGCUUUGGGUUCUAGACCAUGUUUUGCUGCAUCCUGUUUCUGCUAAAAAAAGUGUGCAUCUCUUGAUACAACUAACUUCCUUUUAUCGUUUCUCAGCCUGAUAUCUCUCUUUCCAGUUAACUUUGUAGUUUUUCAUGAAUAUGAACAGUGGUAUCAUGUUUUCAGGGAUGGAGUGAAACGGUCCUCAUUAGUUCUGUAGAAAAGCAGUGGUGUGUCUUAUGGGUAUAUGAGGGCUUGUGGGAGCCCCAUACAACAGAAGAGUACCAGAGUACUGCAUACAAGAACGAGUCUGUUCCCAUCCCUCACUCUCUCCCUCUUCUAGGACUUCUCGUCUUCUCCUGCCUUAUUCUUGCUAAUCUUUGACCACUCAUUGUCCCUUUGAGUGGACUGUGAUUGUUUUUUUGUUUUUGUUUUUUUUUAGGCCCUGUGUUCUAAAGGCAAAAAAUGUUUGUUGCUCCUUUUUCAUAAAUAUAGUCUCAUAACAGAUUUUCUGUUUUUAGGAGGAAUUUUUUUUUUUUUUUUUUUUUUAGUUUGUCUUUUUUUUUUUUUUGGUCACUGUACAGUUAUAUUAUUUAAAGAAUAUUUUCUUUUCCACUAGUGUUACACUUUUUUUUUUUAAUAUGCCAUAUUAAAAAUCUUCAGAUAUUACAAUUUUACUACACCACAAGGUGUUUGGUUUGUGAAGUAUAUUAUAGUGCUUUCCUUUUGAUUUAAUAUAAACAAAUAAACCCCUUCACUGUCUAUCAGACAUCUACAGUGAGUUUUCUCUUUUGUUUGACCAACUUUCUGCUGUGGCCCAUUUUCAAGUUCACUUCAUGUCUUUUUCAUGCUUAACCACUAGAUGGCGGCAGUAAGACAUUUCUGACCAAUGUAGUUGCAUUUAAAAGUACAUGGAUGCUGAGAAAGUAUUUGAAAGAGUUACUUUGCACGAAAUGAGUACAUGUAAUGCAGAAAUAAAAUUAAAAAAAAAAAAAACACUCACAAAGCACCAUAAAGUAAAUAAACCAGUGAGGAUUCAAUUUGCUUGUAUGAAAUCCUUGAAAUGAAAAGUUAAAGGGAUAGUUCCCUUAAAAAAAGGACAUAUCUGUAAUUAUUUAAUCACCCUUGUGUUGUUGUUUUCCUCCAAAGAACAGAAAAGGAGGUGUUAGGCUUAAAGUAAGGGACAGCUUCAGACCCCAUUCACUUUUGUUAUUGUAUGGGAAAGAGCAAGGUCAACAUUUUCUGAUUUUCUCUUGUGUUCCACAGAAUGACAUGAGUAAAUGAUGACAAAAUUGUCACUUUUGUGUGAACUUACAUUUUAAAUUGAGGUAAAUAGUCCUUUAGCCAAUUCAUAUUGACUGCAUUGUUCAUGUGUUAUAAAAAUGUGUAAUAAUCACUUUGAGUGGAGAAUGUUUUCUUUGCUGAAAGCAAUGGAAUCAAAUUCCAGUGCAUCUAUAUUAAAUCCCAUCUUCUUUGAUCAACUGUCCUCUGCUGUCUGCUGUUGUGAAAACCAAGAGAUUACAACGUUAGAUAUUGUACAGUGCUGGUGUGUGUUGGGUCUAAAGGUGGUGAGAACAAUCUGGUUCAAAUUCAGCAAUGCGUGUAACAUACCUCAAAUAUGUGGAGAGAUGCCCUGGCAAGCCUUUCAUUACCUGUGUGAUACAGCACUCGUGCUAAUGGAUUUUAAAACACAGGUAGCCUAGUAAUAACAUGUUGGACAGAAGUGAGAGGAAGAACAUGAUAAAAGCAUGCUAAUCUCCUUCAGCUGUGGAAUUCCAAUAAACUUUCAGAGGCCCAUCUCUAAACCGGCUAUUGCUCUCCCUCUACCUCCAAUUACUUUAGCCAAGUUUAACUUUCAUUUUUUUUUUUUUUU